GUGUUGGUGGAGGAGGAGGUGAUGGUGAUGGUGAUGAUGAUGGUGGUGGUGGUGGUGGUGGUGCACGGCCAGCGAUCCCAGCCCCUCCCUCCCACAGCCUGAGCCGCUGACCGCGUCUCCCACAGUCAGCCAUGGGGAAUGCGGAGAAGGUGCUAGAAGGGGCGGCGGGGGUCGUCCCCGUCUCCCUGCACAAGAUCGUGUGGAGGAACGUGGUGCUGAUGUGUCUGCUGCACCUGGGCGCCCUGUACUCGCUCAUCCUCAUCCCGCAAGCUCAUCCGCUGACCUGCCUCUGGGCUUACGUAUGUUUUCUGAUAACUGCUCUCGGAGUGACGGCUGGUGCACACCGUUUGUGGAGCCAUCGGUCUUACAAGGCAAAGCUGCCAUUACGGGUGUUCCUGGCUGCUGCCAACUCCAUGGCUUUUCAGAACGACAUCUACGAGUGGUCUCGGGAUCACCGGGUGCAUCACAAAUACUCUGAGUCGAAUGCUGACCCUCACAACGCCACCCGUGGGUUCUUCUUUUCCCAUAUUGGUUGGUUGUUUAUUCGUAAACACCCGGAUGUGACGGAAAAAGGAAAGAAGCUGGAUGUCAGUGAUCUCCUUACUGACCCCGUUGUUCUGUUCCAGAGAAAGUAUUACAAGACCUCGGUUUUAAUCAUGUGUUUCUUAAUGCCAACUUUUAUCCCCUGGUACUGCUGGGGCGAGGGUCUCUGGAAUUCCUACUUCCUGGCUUCCAUCCUUCGGUACACCGUUUCACUGAAUGUCACAUGGCUGGUGAACAGUGCUGCUCACAUGUAUGGAAACAGACCCUACGACAAGCACAUCAAUCCAAGAGAAAACAGAUUUGUUACUUUUGGAGCACUCGGAGAAGGAUUCCACAACUAUCACCAUACGUUUCCAUUCGACUACUCAACAAGUGAAUUUGGGUUGCGGCUGAACCCAACAACGUGCUUUAUCGAUUUCAUGUGUUGGCUUGGUUUGGCAAGUGAUCGAAAACAAGCCUCAAAGCAAAUGAUUGAAGCACGUAAAUUGAGGACUGGGGAUGAAAGUGCUUGAAAAGAAACAAGUCUCAAAAUUCCAAGCAGAGUGUCCGUAUGUUUAAAUUUGUUGUUAUUUUGACUUGGAAAUGUAGUCAUUGCAUUUCAAGCUUGUGAAAAAUGGUAGUGCAUUUUGCUUUAUGGCCUGUUCGAUUUUUUCUCAAUUUAACUCCUUCCAGUCCGAGUAUGUCAACUAUAUUCUACCGACAGCAUAAAGCCCUGCUUAGUCUGCCAUCAGUGGUCUUGUGUAUUAAGUGGCAGAAAUAUCCUAUACAUUGUCUAAUCAAUAAACUGUAUAUCAAUCUAGUUUGCAUCAGUAAACUAUCAGUAUAAUGAAUUCAUGAAGCAGGCUUGUGAAAUGUUUCCUUCUCUAGCAAGCUAAAGCAAUGCUCUUGCAAUAAAAUCAACUUUAAUGUUUUGGGCUUGAAGUGAUUUAAGCUUACAAGAUUUUGUUUUAAUGUUUGUGCUGAUGAUGUUGAUAUUUUGUAUUUUAGUUUAUUUGAAACUGUAAACUUUGUAAUAGGAAGUAGUUAUUGAGAAGAAAAAGAGUGGUCUUGGUAUUAUGAUGUCCUAGUGUAAGUGAUUGUAACCAAUUUUUGUCUAAUUUGAAACGAGUUUAUUUAAUUCUGGUAAGGUGAUGAAUUGGAAAACUGUCCUUUUUAGAUAUCUGUGUGAUGAGGAGAUUUUAGAGGUACAAAUAGGAAUCUUUUUCUAAGGUUCAUCAGAUGUGGCACAUAUUGUGUUUUGGGAAGAUUAUAUUAAAAGCUUUUAAUCUUUUUUGAAACCAAACCAUGCAACAACUAUAUGGUUUGCAUUUUAAUUUGAGGAUAUUAACUUUGUGCUUGGGGUUUCCCAUGUGUAGUUGGAUCUCUUGCAUGUAGAGACAUAUGAAUUGGGCAGGAAAAUACUUUGCUCAGUGGUAAGGAAUUAACACAGAAGUGACAAACUACAGGAUAUAUGAGAAACAUUCCAAAAAACUUGAGUUCAUGUUUCUAGAACUUUUCUGACUUAAAAAAUUAAACCUUUUGGCUCCACUAUCAUUUGUUGCUUAUAUAUUAAAUUUUAGAAAUUUGAAAAUCAAAAUAAUUACAAUUCCAAGACAAGGCCUGUCUGGGUGUACUUGAUGUUGCUUUCUGAAAACCCCAGAAAAAAUUAAGAGACACUAGCUUACAAAAAUGGCAUUUAAUCAGUGCAAAUAAGAACUAACUUCUGAAACUACUAUUUAAAAACUAUUGAAAGGAAAUUGCAAUGGUUUUGUUACCAGUGAGAUAGCUGCUUUUCAGGGGGGUGUGUGUGUGUGUGCGCACACGUGUGUACAUGCAUGAGAGAGACAUGGAGAUUGAGAAAAAGAAGAGAUACAGGGAUAGUUAUAUGGAGUAAGACAUGUCACACUUUAUAACAACUUGGCAAAUAUUAUUUAAUUGAAUAUAAAAAUGAGAAUAACAAAAUCUCUGAUGGGUGCAAUGCAAUCAAUGAGAUUGGGUUCAUCCAAUAGAUGUUCUUGCGUAAUCCAUUUGUCCACUAGAUUGUGAACUACUCAAGGAUAAUCAGCUGUUCCUUGUUCAUGAGUCAAAUUAUCUCUUUAAUAGCUUGUGAAGUGUCCAUUAUUUCUAUUUUAUUCAUGAUAAAACAGAAGAUUACACCAAAUAUUUUUUCUUGCAUCCAAAUAAACCAAAGUCUGACCUUGCCAUUAUGUAUCAAUUUGAGUUUAGUAAAUUAAGAACCAAUACUAAUGAAAUGCAUUUUAAGAGCUUAUAAUUAGUAUGCCAAGUAAAUGUGACUUUAAAAUUACCUUUAAAGGCAAUACUGUGUGAAGACAGAUUAACCAGUUGUGUGUGUCAGCACUAGUAAACGCGAAAAUAAAGUUGCGUAGAAAGGAACUGCAGAUGCUGGUUUAUACUGAAGAGAGACACAAGUUGCUGGAGUAACUGGAUCAGGCAGCAUCUCUGUAGAAAAAGGAUGGGUGAGGUUUUGGGUCAGGACCCUUCUUCAGACUGAAUGUAGAGAGAAGGGAAUCGAAGGUAAGACAAGGCCUGAACAAAGCAGGACCAGCAACAGAUGACCAAGGGUGGAGCCCAACCCCCUGCAUUCCCUUUCUUCUCCCCCCCCCCCCCCCAAGUCAUUCUACUAAUUCCACUGUUCGCAUCCUUGUAUUCCUUCGUUAUCACUUCCCCAGCCAGCAAUGGGCCAUAUGGGCUCCACCCUUCCUUGAUCAUCUGUUGCAGACAUUGCUUUGUUCAGGCCUUUUCUUACCUCCAGUUCCCUCCUCUCUACUUUCAGUCCGAAGAAGGGUCCUGACCCGAAACAUCACCCAUUCUUUUUCUCCAGAGAUGAUGCCUGAUCCGCUGAUUUACUCCAGCAUUUUGUGUCAUUCUCCAAAAUAAAGUUGCCUGCCUCUUACUGAGGGAUUAAAUGUCUUUCCAUGGGAAUAGGGGCAUGUGUGUGCUGAACAUUAAAUGGAAGCCUUGUUUUUCCUUGUAUGUUUGAGGUGACCUGUGAACCUAGUACAUGGGAAAGCAAGAAGAAAAUAAAUUGAAACAAUACUACACCAUUUAUCGUAGUGGAUUAGUAUGUGCAUCCUGCAAACAAUACAACACAGAUAUAAAUGAUAGUUUACAGGCCUAACCAAAAAUGAAGGCUCCAGUUGAACUUGGUGCCUAUCCAAUACCUAGGAGGAAAUUGGCACAUGGUUCCCACUCAGAAUUGCCAAUCCGCAAACCCUGUUAAAGGACAAGUAAGUGGAAAUGUUGAUUGUCUAAUGAUCAAAUAACCCACAGGAGUUCACUAACAAGGUGACAACAAAUGAAUAUUUCCGGCAGCAAAUUCUGAAAAUUCCUUUAAUGACUUUUUCAUUCGGGUGCCCUAUGUACAUUUUAGCUUUGGGACACAGUUCCCUUUAGCACAGAGUCUACCAUUUUCCAAUCUUCUGAUUACAGGUAUUGUUCUGGAGGAUGGAAAACUGAUAAUAUAAUGGCAAUGUUUGUAAAGAGAAAAGGAUAGACCUAGAAGAUGCAGUCAAUCAUUGUCAAAGUAUUGGAAAAUGUCAAUACGUCACCAUAAGUUAGCGAAGGGCAGGUGGCAUGGAUAGGUUAAGGUGUGGCUGAGUCAUUGAAUUGUAACUUUUGAAGAUGUGACCAGGAGGGUCAAUGAAAGCCCAAGAAUCGAUGCAGUCUACACAGACUUUUAGAAAGCCCAUUGCCAAAUUCCUGUUUUGGUAAAUUAAUGAGGAUGCACUAGCAUAUGCUGAACACAGAAAAGUGGCAAAUUAAAUGUUAAGAUUUCUCACUGGGAGAAAACUAGUUAGGGGCAUGUGUGUGCUGGACAUUAAAUGGAAGCCUUGUUUUUCCUUGUAUGUUUGAGGUGACCUGUGAACCUAGUACAUGGGAAUUGAAUUGUAACUUUUAGUGAGGAAAACAGAUUUCAGAGGGUUUCUGUAAAGCUCAGAAUAAGGCUCUUAUUGUGGGAUAAAACAUCAAUAAUUGCAUUUUGUGAUAGCUCAGAUUUAAAUAUAGAAGCUAUCAUGAACAUAUUGCCAACUUUGGCAUCAUUUGCAAUGUGAGGAAGAGAGCUCCAGACUAUAGUUGAUUGAUUAAGAAGGCAUACAACGCUUAUUGUUACCAGCCGAGUUAUGGAAAAUGAAAACAGAAGUUACACCGGCAUUGUAUACAACAGUAAAAUAUUGUACGUAGCUAUACACCAGACUACAGAAAAGAUCUAAAGGCACCCAGAGAAAGUGUGCUAGAGAUUUGAGGAAGUUGCCAGAGCUGAGGAAUUAUAGUUGGGAGAAAAGACAGAGUAUUUGUGGAACAUACGGGAUUGAGGAAAGAUCAAAUUGAGGGGCACAAGUUAUGAGACACCUAGACGAGAGUGUAUAGGAAGGACCUAUUUCAUUUGGUUGUGGUCAACAAGAGAAUAUAGAUUUAAGUGGUUAAAGAAUUGGAUGGCAGUGCAUUCACCCAAAGAAAAUGGGGGUCUGGAAAUCAUUGCCCAUGAGGUUGUGGAACCAGGAACCAUGACGAUAGUUUAAAGGUACCUGGAAGUUCACUUGUAGAGCUAUGACCUAAUAGGGAAUGGACGCGUUAGCCAGUAUAAAUGGCAAUCACUUUUGUUGUAAUUUUAUCUUUAACCUGACAUGUUUGUCACGUUUUCUGUCUGUUCACUAUUGCGGGCCAUCCUUAGAAUGUGGGAUAUAACUUCUGCUGGUGGUAUGAGUGAUAAUGAAUUGUAGAAAGUUUUUUAAGUGCAAUUUUCAAAUGUAUUUCUUUAAAACUUUGGCAACUAAUGCUGAAUUGUACAGCAUAUUCUGAGAAAGGUUGAUGCUGUAUCAUUAUUUUGAGUAUUUUAUGAACUGUGAAUAUUUGAACAUUGUGGUAUCUGGUUCUAUUUUGUUUAUGAUUAGUUACUGGCCUCAUGAGUAAUGUGCCACAUUCAUUUUGGAAAAGAAUCCCAAGCAGACUUAAUCCUGGGACUUCUAUCCAACUGUUUGCAGCAGCCUAUAAAUAAUUGUGCAUUGUGCACAAUUAAUUCUGUAAGGAGAUGCAAUUCAAUUUUAAACUUGUGUUCUCCUAAUAUUAGAUCUCGGCAAAAGCUAGAGCUUCUUGGUGUAUUCAGCAUUUCAAUCCACCUGCUCCUAAGCAACAUUUGCCAAAAUAACAGGGAUGGCAAAGAUGAAUGAAAAUAAAUGUCUUCUUAGUAAAAUGGGGAUCUGACUCUAAAGCACUACUGUGCAUGGUACUUUGGAAUAACCAUACACCAAUAUCAUUAGAUUUAGGUGACAGAUUUGAUUGAUUUUUAGUUGGGAUCUAGAGCUGUUUAAAUACCAGUCAUGUGUAAUUUCUGAUUCAAAUAGGUGGAAAAUAGAAGGAAUCUGCAAGGGCUGGGUUAACCCAUUUUGUAAAAUAAUGCCAAGCCCAAUUUAAAAUUGAAAUAGUGCCCAGCUAGUGUUUAUACCAUGUUUCUGAAUUAUCUCCCCAAAGUAACGUUGAACUGUUGAGUAUCUUGCCUGAACCAAAUACUAAGGCAUUAUCUCAUUUGGGGAAAAGCCUGAGAAAACACCUCAUAAAAUCUGAAGCAGCUACUUGCAUAACCAGAAAACCAGAUCUAAAUUUUGUGUAUUGUCGACAUCAUCGCUGCAAUAGGCUCACAAUUCUCCCCCUCACUUGUGGGGAGAAUAGUAAACGUUUGAGGUCAAUGUUAAUGGAAGUUUUGAAUUUGGCCUCUGAAUACAAAAAUGUAAAGAGGGUAAAAUGGCCAGAAGUUAAACUGAUCAGAAUUGUUAACCCAUUUAUUGAAGCAAAUGUCGUUUGCAUUUUAUGGAGUUCAUUGCUUUCUCAUUAAAUUAAUUGUAGAGUUGAAACAAUUAAAAAUAAAAUGCUGCUAAGUUUGCCUUGC